AUGGAAGAUCUAGCCAUCCUCGACAAAGACACGGCCCUCACGGCUCUUCCUCCCGUGACAGUCACCAACCUCCGGAGCCAGACCCGACAAGAGCUUGCCUCAUCUCCCAAAACGCCCAUCCUAGUCAUUCUCGACGAUGACCCUACCGGCACGCAAACAUGUCACGACAUCAAUAUCCUAACUGUUUGGGACGUGUCAACGCUUGUGGACGAAUUUAAGCAGACUAAACAGGGCGGCGGCUUCUUCAUCCUGACAAACUCGCGCGCGCUGCAUCCUGAACAAGCCAGAGACCUGAUUACCGAGAUCUGCAGAAACCUGCAUGCCGCUUCAAAGGAGGCAGGAGUCGCUUUUGAGGUGGUCCUGAGGAGUGACUCAACACUCCGCGGUCACUUCCCACUGGAGGCCGAGGCUGCAGAGCAUGUUCUCGGUGCCGCGGAUGCCUGGAUUCUUUGCCCGUUCUUCCUACAAGGAGGCCGAUACACCAUAAACGACAUUCACUACGUCCAGGAAGGAGAUCACUUGGUCCCUGCAGCUCAGACACCUUUUGCCAAGGAUGCCACGUUUGGCUACAAGAGCUCCAACCUCAGAGAUUACGUGGUGGAAAAGACAAAAGGAGCGAUACCGAAAGAGAGAGUCACAUCUAUCAGUUUGGAUACAAUUCGUACUGGUGGAGUUGAUGCCGUGUUGGAUCAACUCCUUCGAGAUGUCAAUGGGCCACGGCCUGUCAUUGUGGUCAAUUCCGCUGCUGAUGAGGACAUUGACGUCGUUGUGGCUGCCUUGAUCAAGGCCUCAGAUUCGGGUAAACGCUUCCUUUUCCGAACGGGAGCCGCGUUCGUCUCUGCUCGAUUGGGCAUCCCGCCCAUUCCCCCAGUCUCUGCGAGCCAGUUGCAUCUAUCAGGAGAUAUAGGUGGUUUAAUCAUCGCCGGAUCCUAUGUGCCAAAGACAACCGCACAGCUUGAGUCGCUGAGGAAGCUAGCCGGCAAAGAUCUCACCAGUAUUAUUCUCGACGUUCACAAACUCCUUCAAUCACCCGAAGAUGCAUCGAAAGAAGUUCAAGAGGCUCUCAAAACAGCUGAGGCGGAAAUCAAGAGAGGACAAGACGUGCUUGUCAUGACCAGCCGAGAACUCGUGGUUGGAGAUGACGAGGCCAAAAGCCUUGACAUUGGCUCUACCGUUGCCCGGGCCCUGGUAUCUUUUCUGGAAAAGCUUGAUCAGAAGCCUCGGUAUAUCAUUGCCAAGGGUGGCAUCACGUCGUCGGACAUGGCGACUAAGGGACUGAGAAUGAAGCGCGCUCUUAUCGUUGGCCAAGCUGCACCAGGCGUGCCCCUAUGGAGGUGUGAUGAGCCCGAGUCAAAGUGGCCUGGUCUUCCCUUUGUUGUGUUCCCAGGGAAUGUUGGCACUGAUGAAACUCUGUACCGUGUAGUUGAGGGAUGGAGGGUCUAG